UUGGAUGUGAGCGUCUCAUGUCAAAGUCAGCGCCGGUGUGACCCAGACAUGGCUGAGGCACCGCAGGCACAGCCGGUCGAAGUGGACCCGGACUUCGAGCCGCUCUCCCGCCCGCGGUCCUGCACCUGGCCGCUGCACCGGCCGGAGCUCGGCGAGCCCUCCGCCGGCUCCGACACGUCCUCGCCGGCGGCGCCCGCGCAGCAGGAGCCGGGAGCGAACGCCGAGUUCGUCAGCAACCUCGGCCUGCUGGAGGAGGACUACGAGCAGUACCCGGAGCCCAAGCCGCCCUGUAACGUUUUUCACUGCCGGGAUGGGAACUGUGUGCAUCUGCAUCCCCACCACCAGCAGCAGCCCCACCACCCCCAGCACCACCACCACCUCCACCACCAGCAGCAGCAGCAUCAGCAGCAGCAGCUCGCGAGCCCCCAGCUCGCGCCCCAGCCACAGGUGCCCCCCCCGGGGGUCGGCCCUCCUCUGGGGGGGCAGAGGAAGAUCAGCUCGUCCCGCCGCAACGCCUGGGGUAACAUGUCGUACGCAGACCUCAUAACCAAAGCCAUCGAGAGCUCGCCGGAGAAGAGGCUGACGCUGUCCCAGAUUUAUGACUGGAUGGUCAAGAGCGUGCCGUACUUCAAAGAUAAGGGGGACAGCAACAGCUCUGCGGGCUGGAAGAACUCCAUCAGACACAACCUGUCGCUGCACAGUCGCUUCGUGCGAAUACAGAACGAGGGAACAGGGAAAAGCUCCUGGUGGAUGCUGAACCCAGAGGGGGGAAAGAACGGAAAGUCACCACGACGCAGAGCUGCCUCGAUGGACAACAACAAUAAGUUUGUCAAGAGCAGAGGGAGGGCCACCAAGAAAAAGAUAUCUUUACAAGAGGAGGUUGAAGGGGAAGCGGGCAGCCCUGGAUCCCAGUACUCCAACUGGCUGGGAAGUCCAAACUCCCACAGUAACGACGACCUAGAACCCUGGAGCUCCUUCAGAACACGGACCAGCUCCGAUGCCAGCACUCUGAGUGGACGGCGCUCACCCUUCCCUCCUGAGCAAGACGAUCUUGGGGAGACUGAUGGCCAUAUGAUGUAUCCUGGAUCCUCAGGGACCAAGAUAGCCUCCGCCCUGCCCAGCCUCUCGGAGGUGUCAGGAUCCAUGGGCCAGCAUGGCUCUGAACGUGUCAUGGAGAGUUUGCUGGAUAACCUUAAUCUGUUGUCUCCCAAAGCCGCCCAGCUGGGCUCGGACUCCUCACAUUCCACAAAUGCUCCCUCGCUUCAGGGUAGCUCCUACACCUCCCCUAGCUUGACCCAGGACUACCAUAAGUGCAUGUAUGGCCAGGUGAGGAUGAAUUCCCUGUCCUCUGUCCCCAUGCAGACUCUUCCAGAAACCAAGCCGGGCUUUGGUACUUAUGAGAGCCAAUAUAUCUGCCCCGCAGGCCUUCUGAAAGAACUGCUGACCACAGAUGCAAACACCAGCAGAGACAUGAUGCCCUCUAGUGAGACACAGGUGUCUGAGGUUGGGAGAGUAAGCUGCCUAAUGCCCACCUACAGCAGUCAGAACAAUGUGGGGGGUCACUGUGGCGUUAAAAUGUUGAAUGCCCCACUGAGUCACCAAGGUCUUCAUUUAAAUCCACAUGCUAUACAUAGCCCAGGCCCAGCUGCCUCACGAGACUUGAAUAGCUGUAACAUGAUACCUCUCGCUAGUCUGACUGGUGUUGCCGGGGCCCCGCCACGGAUGACCAGGCUGAGGACAUGUAUGCAGCUACCCCAUGGACAUCCAGCACAUGCUCACGAUUUCCCAGCGAGCUACGGUAACAGCUACAGGGAGCUGAACUCAGUUCAUCCCCACGGUCAUCAUCAGGAGCGGCUGCCCAGUGAUCUGGAUAACGUGUCCCUGGAGAGGCUCGAAUGUGACCUGGAGUCUGUCCUCCAUGACACCCUAAUGGAUGGUGGGGCGCUAGACUUUAAUUUUGACCAGGCAGCUGGACCUCAUGGCUUCUCCCAGAGGGUAAAGACAACCACACACAACUGGGUGUCAGGUUAGGAUUAAGGGCAUGCCACACAUAGGUGAGAUUAAUCCCAUAGUUAGCACGUUUUUCCUAAGACUGUACAGGGCGUCCUCAGAAGUGUCCUUUCAGAGAUGUUCUGUUGACCUUCUUUCAGAGAAUGGAAAGUACAGAUAAAAACAUCCAGCAUCCCUCUUCACUCACACUGUCAUACACAGUUAUUCUCACAACUGUGCACUUCUAAAUUAGAAUAAAAAUAAAUAAAUCAAGAGUGAAGACAGAAGUUCAUAAUUCACAUCCUGAAACUGAAAUAAAAAAAUACAUAUUUUCAUAAAAACAGGGCGAGAAAACUCCAAUGGUGAGCUUUUUACUCAUGCUUUUGAAAAGCAGGAAUAUGUAGAGUCUUACACAGUCAUUACAGUCAGCUGUUAAUGACCCAGCAGAGAAUUUCAUUGGAGCUUUGAAAUGCACAAAGAAUGAAAUAGAUGCAGUUUAGUGCUUUUUUUCAGAGACAGAUUUAGUCUUUUCUUGCUACCUCCUGGUGAAAAGAGCCAGUAAAUUCUAGGAUUAAAAUGAAGAUGAUGGUGUUUACUUUACAGAGGGUUUUUAAACAGCCAGUUCUUAAGUGUAAUUUGUCAAACAACACUUAAUUUAGUCUUAGAUGAACAGUCUACUUUAUUAAAGUUGGUAAUAGGGUCAUUAAAAAACCCAAAGGCAAUGCAGUAGAACAGCUAAAAGUUUGCAGGAACAUUUAGCUGGACAACAACUCACAGGCCAUAAAGAAAUACACCGUUGUGUUGGUCCAUGACAACAUUAAGUUGACUCUACAGUGAGUUUUUAAUCUAAGACUCGAAAUGAGAAACUCAAAUAGAUAUUUUUUUAGGUGACAAGGGGAACCACCUUAAUUCCAACCCAGUGGGCUCACUGACCUGUACAGGCUGGUCAAUAACGAUGAAAAGGAUCUAGAUAUGGCACCUCUUUAUGUUUACAGGGCUCCUAUCUGAUAUUGGCCAGAAAAAACUGAAAUGAGAUAAUUCUAUACUGUAUGGCAGUAUUUAUUUGAACUGUAAAUGUUUGAUUAUUCCUUUGUUCUUUACAAGCUUGUACAAAUAUGUGAAUAACCUGUGUACAUUUUUUUUAAAAUUGUGAUUAAGUUACUUUUUGGCUGUUCUUUUUAUCAAACUCACUCCUAAAAAGGUAAUUGCAGACACAUUGGAAAAACAAAAACCUUCACAUGCAGUUUGUUUUCAUGCAGGGAAAAAAAUGUUUUUUCCCCUUCAGUUGAUGCUUCUCCCGAUUAUUUAGGCUUUUGGACUAUCUAUGGAUGACGUGCAUUGGAAAAAUAAAAAGUGUUAUCUCAUAUCCAUACACCAACCUGCAUAAACUCCAUCAGCUAUCUUAAUCUCUUUCCAUAAAAAGGGACGUUUGGGAGAUUUUCCUUUGAAUCAUACUGUGUGAAAACAGGGGCUCAACAGGGGGCCUGAAGUGGAUUUAAGUGUGCAGUUUAGUGAAAAAAGCCAAAGGAGUGCUUGUAAUUACGGUAUUCUGCAGAGAGUCUGUACUCUACUGAAGGUGGAGGGAGUGCCUCUCACUGUGCCUACACCCUCACAAGCACAUACGUCUUAUAUAUACAAAUCUUUUCUUAAGCAUAUCGAUUCUGUAUUAUUUUACUUGUUCUGAAAUAUACUCUUUGUUUUAGGCAUGGUUGUUUACAUGUAUGUGUUCAAACUAUAUAAGUGCAGAACAGUCAUACCUCAAUAUUUUACCUUUGAAGGGUUGAAGGGAUUUUUCCUGCCAUUUUCCUGAGUGAGUAAGUGAUAGGCUGACUUUGUCCCCAUUUCAGGCUAAUUGUAUGGACACAUUCCUCAUGAAAGUCAUAUUUUAUGUUUAGCCAUUAGUUUAUGAUAAACAUUAGUUGAUGUAAUUUUUUUUAUUUAAAUGCCAUUUUGUGAUAAAGAAAUAUUUCACUUGUAGUCAGUGCUAAACAAAGGAACAAAGCUCUAUGUCUGGGAAUAUUUUUUACACAUUACGCAAAUGUGGCUUGGGUCUGUUACAUUAGGACGAAAGACUUUUUCAAUUAAACUUUCGAUAGUCCACAAUAAAAAUAAAAAAAGAGACACCUAUAUGCAAAUUUUAUCAGGAAAAACUAAUGCAGACGAUUUGCCGUCCUCAUUCAGGUAUUAUUGAAAGAAUACAGUUUUUGUGUGAACUGUACCAUCCACAAAUAACUCUUGUGAUUAAAGGAAGAAAA